GCAGUGAAAGAUCCCAUUCAAGGGGAACCAAAGCUGCUGCCUGUCUGAGCACUGCAGAGAGACAAAAACAACAUGAGGGAUCUGCUGACCACACAGAAGCAGAACUGCUACCGUGAGCUGAUUGAGAAGGAGGUCUACACCAGGUUGGCCUGGAAGGUGAAGUAUGGGCAGGAGUACUCCAGAGGCCCGUCCCUGAGGGGGCUGAAAGCCAGCGAGGUCCCCAAGCUCCCAGCCCCAAGGACUGUCCUGCCUCCUGUCAUGUGCACUCAGAAGCCAGAGGAGCUUGCAGUGGCACAGACUACAGAGACUGGGCUGCAGCCUGACAUGAGGCCAGUGACACCACAGAUCCGCAGCACACUCUACCAGGGCUUCUCCAAGGAGGGCAAAGGGAGGAACCUCUACCUGCAGCAGAGGAGCCAGAAGAGCCCCGAUGAGAAAUUCCAGCAUCCCGUCCUGUCCUCCUGGGAGUACGGGUGGAGACUGGGUGAGUUAGUCAAAGAAGUGAAGAAGCCGGUUUACGGCAGAUCUGGACUUGUGAAGGAUACCUUCUAUGCUCGGAACGGCAUUUUCAACUCCCCCGCUCCCACUGAUCGGCUGGGUUAAAUAACAGAGCAGCAAGGCAUUGUGGGGUGUGUAUAGGAAUCCUUUGAGCUUAGUUAUCUUUUACCCUAAAAUGAGACAAUAGCAUUUUCUACUUAAUCACAAACCACCCCAUGUUGCCUGUCCAGUUUGUUUACCCCCCCCCCCUGGGUAGUUUCAGGUGCAGGUGCACAAGCUGCCCCUCCUUGAAGCUUUCUGACCACAUUGUAACACCAUGAACUAAGCAUGCGAAUCCUACCUACAUGCAGCAGCAGGGGGUUAUGAAGGACAUCUAAAACUUGGUACAAUCUAAAUAUUCUUUUAAAAAAUGUAUCUCGCAAAGUUUUUGUCUUUUCACGUUAUAUAAUAAAAAAAUUUCUCCCUUGUUAUCUUGUAGCAAUUGUAACUCGCCCUGGAUAAGGGCGUCUGCUAAGAAAUAAAUAAUAAUAU